UGCUUGCGCUUUUCGUCUUCCCCCCCCCCCCUCUCCCUCCCUCUCACCCCUUUCUCCUACGGACACUAUGCUGCUUCCUCCGUUUUUUCCUUCCACGCUGCUCCUUUCCCUUUAGUCUCUUCCCCCUCUUCUCCAGUCGCUGCAUGAUAUUCCCUUUCAUCUCUCUUUUCAUAUUACACAAUAACAUUGCCAUCUCCAUAAACCCUAGAACCCCCCCCUGCUGGUCAAGAGAUCUAACGAAUCCAACCGAGAGGGUACAUGGAUUUGGUUUCGUCGGAAUCUUCCAAGGCCGGGUGUGAGAGCGAGGCCCGGGUGACCGCGUCCGGGAGCCGCUACGAGAACCAGAAAAGGAGGGACUGGAACACCUUCUGCCAGUACCUGAGGAACCAGAUGCCGCCGGUGCCCGUGGGGAUGUGCGGUGGCACCCAGGUGCUGGACUUCCUCAGGUACCUUGAUCAGUUCGGCAAGACCAAGGUCCACGUCCCCGGCUGCCCUUUCUUCGGCCUCCCCAACCCUCCGGCUCCCUGCCCCUGCCCUCUCCGCCAGGCCUGGGGCAGUCUCGACGCCCUCAUCGGCCGCCUCCGCGCCGCCUACGAGGAGAACGGGGGUGUCCCCGACUCCAAUCCCUUCGCCGCCCGUCCCGUCAGGCUUUAUUUGCGCGAGGUUCGUGAUUUUCAGGCCAAGUCCAGGGGCGUCAGCUACGACAAGAAGCGGAAGCGACCUAAGCCCAAGCCGAACAUCGCUGCCGAUGCUGCUAGUGCCACCACUUAAUCAAGAUGAUUGAUUCUUCUGAAUAAAAUGCCAAAAAAAACGACAGCAACGCAAGAGGAAUCCGCUCACUGCUCUUCGUACGUAUCCUGUAAUAUAUAUCUUUCCCGAUCAUGUUUUGCGGUGCGCAAUUUUAAGGUGUUUACUUUAUUAUGUCUCGCAAAGACUUGGCCACUGAAAUGCUUUUGUUCGCGAGUAGUCCGAGAAAUGAUCAUCUCUGAUUGAUGAUUUGUUCCCAAUUAAAUGUUAUCGGCACACAUGUAGUGUAUUUGAAAGACACGUGCACUCGAGUCUCUCUCUGUGUAAUUGAUAUUGCAGCGGCUGCUGCAAAUCAGUAAAAUUCUCCAUGGAUCUGUU